GAGAGGAUGGAAUGGCGGGAGGCAGCCCAUUCAACGAAGCAGGAAGACUUAGCCGCAAGAAAUACUAAUUUAGUCUCCCGCUUCCUUCAGUGGAUAAAACAGUAGCCUCCAAAUUCCCGGCAAGAAGAAUGUCUUCCCGCUGCCUCUUCCCUAUAAAUCCCUCACACCGCCCCGCCCCAUUUCUUCGCCCACAGCAAAACCAAAUUCCACUUGAACUCUCUCCUCCUCCCUCCUUCCUCUCCUCCUCUUCCAUUCCUAGUAAAAGAAGCAUAAGCAACAGCCAUGUGCCAAUUUGAUAGCUCAGGAAUUCAUGGAGAACACGGCGGCAAUCACCAUACAGAUCACGCAACCCUUUACAUGCCCCUUGUUGAUCACAAAACCGGGAGCAACGAUGAACCCCCCGUUAUUAAUCCCCUUUCACCAACCAAACAGCUUUCCCUUACCUUGAUCGAAGCAAAAUCGAUUCUUUCGAUCGCCCUGCCCAUGGUUCUCACCGGCCUCCUCCUCUACUCCCGUUCCUUAAUCUCCAUGCUCUUCCUCGGCCGCCUGGGUUCCCUGCCUCUCGCCGGCGGCUCCCUGGCCAUCGGCUUCGCUAACAUAACAGGAUACUCUGUUCUCUCCGGCCUUGCCACCGGUAUGGAACCUAUCUGUGGUCAAGCCCACGGAGCUGGCCGCAAUCACCUCCUUGGGCUCGCUCUCCGCCGCACCAUCCUACUCCUCCUCUCCGCCUCCCUCCCCAUCUCCCUGCUCUGGUUCUUCAUGCGCCACAUCCUCAUCCUCUGCGGCCAACACCCUGAUAUCGCCGACGCUGCCCAAACCUUCAUCCUCUUCUCCCUACCAGACCUCUUCCUACAAUCCUUUCUUCAUCCCCUCCGCGUCUACUUCCGCACACAAUCCAUCACCCUCCCCCUCACCGCCACCGCUGCAGCCACCGUCGCCCUUCAUUUCCCCAUCAAUCACCUGUUGAUAAACCACUUCCACCUCGGCGUCCCUGGCGUCGCCCUCGCCUCCGUCUUCACCAACUUGAAUCUCGUCCUCCUUCUGAUAGCCUACCUUCACUUCUCCGGCCUGCACCUCCGCACUGGAGGGCUUAUCCCCUCCGAUGGUGACGACACCUUCUCCCUCUCAGGCUGGCGGUCUCUCAUCGCCCUCGCAGUCCCCAGCUGCAUCUCCGUGUGCUUGGAAUGGUGGUGGUAUGAAAUCAUGGUUCUCCUCUGCGGUCUCCUCCUACGCCCCCAAUCCACCGUCGCAUCCAUGGGCCUCCUCAUACAAACAACCUCUUUAAUCUACAUUUUCCCCUCUUCUCUCAGCGCCGGAGUCUCCACCCGCGUCAGCAACGAGCUUGGUGCGAACAGACCCGAUCGCGCCCGCCGAGCCGCUACCGUCGGAUUAAUCUGUGGUUCGUUGCUCGGCCUCACCGCACUCUCAUUCUCCCUCUCCGUCCGCAAUGUCUGGGCCAAGAUUUUCACCUCUGACCCCGAGAUCGUGAGCCUCACCUCGGCCGUGCUCCCUAUUUUGGGCUUAUGCGAGCUCGGAAACUGCCCGCAGACGACAGGCUGCGGCGUUCUACGAGGCAGCGCGCGCCCGCGCGCCGGCGCGAAUAUAAAUCUCGGUUCUUUCUACGGAGUGGGGAUGCCUGUGGCCAUUGGACUCGCAUUUUGGGCCCGCUUGGAUUUCCGUGGGCUCUGGUUCGGACUGCUCUCUGCGCAAGCGGCCUGUCUUGUUCUAAUGCUCGCCGUCAUCGCCAGCACAGACUGGACACGGCAAGCCGACCGUGCGCAGUGUCUCACCGGCGAGCACAACGUCGUCGCGCACGAUUGCAAGCCAAUUAUUAUCAAGAUCGAGCAAUGCGACUCCUUACUGUUUUAAGCAUUUAGGAUCUGAAUGUUACAUUUUGAGGAAAUGGAUACAUAGCAGAAAAGUGGCCCCUUUUUAUUUUCAAUUUUUGCCGUUUUAUUAGAAAGAAAUAGAAUAGAGAUUUUUGAAGAGGCGUUGCUAAUUUUGUUGACCUAUCGCUAUCUGGCUUGUCUUCGGUUCUAUGGGCUGCGGUGGGUACGCAUAGUCGAAAUUGCCGGCCGGCGGGCUUGACUCGUUGGCCGGCUGAUUUGGUAACAAGCUUGUGCUGUCGACUACACUGCGGCGAGAUUAGAUGGGUGCAAUCCUUUAUGCGAGUCUGGGCCCGCCCGCCCAUCUAAGGGAAUCCGUGCAAUCCUUUAUGCGCUUCGAGGUGGCAUCCUUCCUCGUCUUAUUCACCGUUGGAUCCUUCCUCGUCUUACCUGAACUUUGUAUAAAAC